AUGGAUCUGAUAGGCCCGCUUCCCGUCGGGAAGUGCCAAUUCAAGUGGGUCAUUGUGUGCAUCAAUUAUCAUUCCAAAUGGAUCGAGGCCACGCCCCUGACCGCCAUCACAACCGAGAAGGUCCAAAACUUCCUGCAACGCAGCAUCUUCUACCGCCACGGUAUGCCAGAGUCUAUCAUCACAGAUAACGGCACACAAUUCAAUAACGACCACCUCAUCACAUGGUGCAGGGCAAGAGGGACUAAGCUCAAAUUCGCGUCUGUGGCACACCCCAAAACUAACAGGCAGGUAGAAGCCGCCAACAAGUUGAUCAAAUGCCUCCUUAAGAAAAAACAGGAUGAAGCCAAAGGACUUUGGCCCGAAAAACUCGACGAAAUACUAUGGGAAAUCCGUACCACACCAACAGAAGCCACGGGCGAAACUCCUUUCUGCCUAAUGUACGGCACGGAAGCAGUCCUUCCCAUCGAAGUAAUCCAGCCAACACAACGGGUUUUGCUGUUCGACCCCGACACCAAUUUCGAAAAUACGCAAAUUGAUAAAGAUCUCUUGGAAGAGAAGCGCAUCGUAGCGCACCGUCACAACAUUCUGAACAAACAGCGCAUGGCACGCUUCUAUAACUCCAGAGUCAAGAGCAGGACACUUCAACUAGGCGACUGA